AUGACGAAGGAAAAGGCCAUCACGAAACUAACCAAUAAACACACCACCUCCAAGCUCAAAGCCACGCGCAAGAAGAGAGAAACCACAACGCGAGCAUGCGACGCAUGCGCCAUCCGCAAAGUCAAAUGCGACCCGAGCACGCCAUGCCAGCACUGUCUCUCGAACGCGCUAACAUGCACGCGGAACCGAGAGCGCAAGAAGUCGGGGCCCAAGACCUUGACGCGAAAGACGCUCGAGUCGAUUAAUAACCUCAGCGAUGUCAUCGAUCACAACACGCAUGCGGCGGGCGAUGUGCCGCGUGGUGAACUCGCGUUGGGCUUGGGAUCGUCGAAUUCGGCGUACUCCAAGAGUCCUAGCUUUGUCGAGGAGGAGUCGCGGCGGCGGCGGCGGCGGCUGUCGAGUGGGUACGUUUCGUUGACUCCGCCGCUGAGCAAUAGCCAGACGGAUGGUAAUGGUGGAGGUAAUAGUGGGGGGGUGGUGCUGAUGAUGCUGCCGUAUACGAGGCUAGUUUCGCAGCCGGUGGAGUCGAACCAGAGAGGCCAAAGUAGUGAGGUGCAACGUGUGGCUCCAGCAGCAACCACCACAGCUACAACCACCGAGGAGUUCUUGGUGACUCCGUUCCACUUGAUUGAGAAUCUUCGACUUGUCGAGCAAGAGCCGGCGAUUUUGCAACUUUUCAAGCCGCUCACGGUGAAUUCAGUAGUGGCGAAUCUCGCCACGCUCAUCGAUUUCCUAUCGGCCAAUUACCCCAACUCCUCCACCAUUGCUGCCAAUGGUGAAAACCGCCAUUUCAUGGAGAUCAGCUUGAUUGCCCACCACGAAGACUCGUUGUACUUGUCCACUUUGCUCAUCAUCCUAACGUGCAACUUGCUAAUCGCUGAGCUUCUCAUCAAGUUGAAAAAACAGAAAUUCAAAGACUUGCAAAACUACCCUAAGAAGCACCUCAUGUCGCGGCCAUUCAAGAAUUUCAAAAACUUGUGCCAUUUCAAAGUAUUGGAGAUCUUGACCUUGAUUGAAAAGAACUUUAUCGUGCCUCCGAUUAUACCCAAGGUCCGCGCUAACAGUGCACCGAACCCGCAAUUGACGCAUCUAAGUCAGUACCAAGUAUACUACAAUCUAUCGCUAUCGAACAUCCAACUAUGCCAAUACUACCAUAUUUUGAAUUUGACAAACACGCUCAACUUGGCGGAACUGAUGCAAAACUCAUAUGGCAAUGAAGCGCAAGAACACCAGAAAUUGCUAUAUCUCCAUCGCGCGGUGUCGUUUUUCCAGUUGAUCAACGUGAAGCUCGAUGACUCGUUGGUUCCCUUGCGCGAGUUGUACGAGUUGAUCUACUCCAUUGAGCGGUACUACAUUGUGUUUAGCUCCUACAAUUACAAUGUCAACAUUUUCAGAAAUAACGAUGUCACGGUCCAACUCCGCUGCUGCAAAAUUUUGCAAGGCCAAAGCUACAUCUACAAAUUGAUGAAGAUUGUAGACGAGCAAGGUUUGAUGGACUCGAUGUGUCAGAGAUCAAACUUCAACGCUUUGAUUGACUUUGACCACCCGCAAGAUGGAUUCCGCCAGUUGAAAGAUGCAGUGGUGAGCUUGCCUUCAUCGACUGACCCAAUCCACAAACUCAUCUCCAGCAUCCUCCUAUUCAAAUUCCUCCUUGUCAAACCGCUAGAUUUUGCUUCGUCAAAAAGGGAAAUCGUCUCCAUCAUACAUGCAACAAGCACGGUGAUGGACUAUGCCGACUCGGACGUUUUCAAAGUGCAAAUGUCCAAUUACCAGCUUUUGCAACCGCUACUCCAUAUCCUCAAGCUUUUCCUCGAAAUAAAGCAAGUUGAAGCGCAGCGCGAUAUCGCCACCAACAUCCACGAUCAAGAGCUCCUUGUGAGGUACAGCGAGUUGCUCAUUCUCCAUUUCCCCUUUUUCAACAAUAUCAAUAAGUUGAUCCGAGCCCACAAGAUUCUCAACAAUUGGUUCUUGAUUCUUAGCGAGACAACAAAGAGGGAAGAAACGUUGAGUCUGGACCCGGUACCCCAACUGCAAUUGCAACCGCAACAAACCGCAGAACCUAUCCCUACCAUCGCCGCCACUAAUACCACCACCACUACCCCCACCGAUUCAGCCGUUGCUGGGUCAUCGCCGCCACCCGCACACCUACCACCACACGACCAAUUCUAUGCCUCGUUCCCCAGUACAUCAUUCUCCAAUCUUCAACGUAUCCAGUCACAGCAGCGCAUAGCGUCGCAAAUCGACAUCAAUGAGCUCUUGCGCGACUUGCACACUACAAUAGAACCAGCAGAACCGCAAUAUAAACCAGACGACGAAGAAGAAUCCAACGACGAUGAAGAAGAGGAGGAGGAGGAGGAAGAAGAAGAAGAGGAGCAGCAGUAUUUCAGUAUUGUGCCUAAGAGGGAACAUGGGCAUAAGUUUGCAAAUUUGACUAGUGCGCCGCUAUCUCAGCCGGUAUUGAUGCCUCAGCAACAACCACAACCACAGCAGCAGCAAGGGGCUCAUGGUGCAAGUAAUGCAAAUUUGGCUAUGAGCCAAAGUUUUCUAAAUUUGUUGAACACAGUUAGCUCAUUCGAUAAUAUCAUGCAUCAGAACUGA